CAACAACAUUCUAAUUCCUAAAACCUUUUUAAUGAUGGAGUAGACUGAUGGGCAGAUGGAAAAUGACUUUAAUCAGUUUUUAAGUCUAUGGCUAUAAUGAUAGAGGACACCUUCAUAUAUAAAUUACAGAUGUGAACAUUAUAUCAUAUGUACCAUCAUCAGUAUUUUAAGACAACUGUCUGUGAGGCAUUUAUACUCCCUCAUCAGGGCACAGAAGCCAGUUCAGGUUGCAGUGAAAUACUGGCUUAAAGGCAUUCCGUGGUGUGAAAGUUAUACCUUGUCCAAUUUAAUUCACUUUUUUUGUCUGUCAGGACAAAAUGUUCUGGGAAACCAUGAUACAGUAUUCUUUCAACCCCAAAACAUCUAAUCAUGAUGUUUUCUUAGAUGGCUUUUGUGAAAAUCUGAAACAGUUGCACCCCUGUUCCUUACCAUGGACACAGUACAUUGACAGAUAAAGAGAGAGAUUUUUAUGCUGAUCAUAAUAAUUAUUAUCCUUAUUAUUUUCCUUCUAUCCAUGCCUUUCAAUCCUCGUUACAAAGUUUCAUGCUGUUUGUAAGACAUUUCUAUACAUUCUCGGUUAUGAUAUGUAAAUAUAUGAAUCAUAACGUGAGUUUCCUCACGUAUAAAGGUGAUUCCCACUCAGCUUUGUCUCACACUCUGUGGUGGAAACAUUCAGGGGCACUCGCACAAUAUGGUUCCGCUUAAACUUCUCGUAGUUACUUUGACUUUUUUUGAACUUCUUGUCAAUUUGGAUGCUCAGCUGAGUUGCCCGAAAGGUGGAAGAGUUGAGAUGCAGAGUAGUGGGCCAAAAUGUGCCCCCUGCCACAAAGGAACCUACCAGCCUUACGAGAAUGAAUCCCAAAGUUGCAAACCAUGUACAAAGUGUAAUGGAAAAUCUGGGAGUGUUGCCAUACAAAACUGCACAAAGGACACGAACACAAAAUGUCAGUGCCGUGGGAAUUUUACCCCCCUGGACAAGUCCGAUAAUUCCACUUGCAAAUGUGACAUUGGAUUUGAACUCAAAUCUGGAGAAUGCUCAGAGUGUGAAGUUGGAUAUUUCAGCACAUCGAUAGACUCAACCUGCCGAAAAUGGAGGGAAUGCAAAUCAGGCGUGCAUAAGGCUGGAACUAAGAUCUCAGACGCCAUCUGUAAGAACGAGUCGAACGAUGACACUUAUGUCAGUGCGUCCCCCACACCAAACAACAUUGUCACUCCAGUCAUACGCUUCACAUCUGACCGUCCACAUGAGGGGGCCCAAACUCAGAAGAUACACACUACGACCACCACAUCUGCUCCGCAACACUUCUUCACACAGUCACCUGUUCAACCUCCAACUGCAGGCAGCCACAUCGGUAUGAUCCUCAUACUUGGAAUUGUUUUACUGCUUGUGCUGACUGCUGUGGCCUGCAAGCAGCACACCAUUCCCAAGGAGAGACCGCAACAAGAACAGAAGAAUGAGUCAUUGUGUAGGAAGCCAGUGGAGGAGAGCGGCCACAGCAGCAAGGCCCUUCUCAAGCAGAAUCCCUGAGAGCCGUUGGAAAGAUUGAUGUUUUUAAAUGUGUGUGUGCUUUCAUGUUGUUUGUACCUUGCUUCUGACUUUUCCCCAGAUCAGUACAGUCAGAGGAGUUAUGAAAGCAUGCCUCAUUAUUUUUAUCCGUUUAUGUUCUGCUAAGAAAUCAGAUACACAAGCCGUUAAAUAACAGGUGGCUUGAUGUGUGUAUUUAUCUGGCCCUGUCUGAAUAGUACAGUUGACUCAGUAGCUAAGUUGCAUUGUGGGUAAUGUAGGCACCAGGUUUAUGAAAAGGAUAACAUUUGUGGAAUAAAGAAAGGUCAUUCUUUCUUUCUCUGGUUCCACUGUGUCUGUGUUGAUCUAUUAUUUUUAAACUUUUUGUAAUGAUUCCAACAGUGGACUGCUGUCUAAAACCUGGCUCCCACCUUACCCACAAUGCAAUUGAGCCACUGAGUGAUAUCACUGGCGGUAAUUUAUCAGGUUGCUUUAUACAACUUUUUUCACAUAUAGAGAAGUACUCCCCAAGACCUGUAAACACACUUUUGGUGGCGUUACCAUUUAAGUAAAACUAUAUAGGAGUAAAAGCACUGCAUUUAAAGUAUGAGUAUGUAUGUAAGGAUUAGCAGUGAAAUGUACCAAAAGCAAAAGUACAGAAAAAUGACAUUGUACUGAAUAACACAUAUCAUAUACUGUAUAUUGUUUUGUCUGAAAAUUAUGUAUCAAUCUGUAAACAAUAUUUACCGUUUUUUCUUCAGAAAUUAGAAAACUAAAAAUGUUUGUUCUCACUUUAAGGACUUUUCUCAGUUUUUUGGUGAAAUAUUUGAUCAUCCAGCGAGACAUUGAUUUCAUAUAAGAGUUCUUGAAAGACGAAAAUGUUGGAAACUGCUGGUUUAAUGAAAAUGUAUUACAUUUUAAAAGUUCAUCAUAUGUAUAUAUAUUUUUAAUGUAAAAUAAUGAAUCUGACAGGAACUUAACUGGAGUAGAAGUAUGAAGUACUUCUAUUGUACUCAAAUUAAGCGCAAAUUCCUCAAAGAUGUGCUAACGUACAGCUAAUGUAGUGAUAUUUGUUCUCUGUUUUUCAAAGUGCAUGUGAUUUGACCCUGGAAAUGU